UCCCACGGUUCUUCCGCGCCAAGCCAAUGGAAGAGAGCUAUCGGAGAAAGUGGGCGAGUACGUCGUCGGGAGGAAAAUAAUCGCUGAUGUUCCCGUCGCUUGCUAUUUGUAGAGUGGCGGGACACUGCCGUUGUUGAUGGAUUACGAUGGACCAAUCAAAACGAUAAGUGGAACAGCGCCGUAGAAAGGUGGCCAAUCCGUGGCAAGGCUUAAACUGUCAAUCUACCCCGGUUCUGGCAAGUAGGAGGGACGUUCGCUCUGCUGUAGUUCCGUCAUCUCGCUCGUCUCCGAGGCUACAGGGGGCCAAUGUUGAUUUGGGCGAAUUCCCGUCGUUGUCGGACCCCACUGAGGAUUCAUUUUUGAAAGCUGGGUUCGGUAACGAAAAGUGGCAGGCAUUUAAUUGAGAAUAUUGCAUUCCCGUCGUCGAUAUAGCUGUUUUUUGGGCUGGGGGAGAGGUGGGGAGCCGGGGGGCCUCGCUCGGAGGGGGCUGCAAGGAGGGACAGGAGAAGACUCAAUCCUCCGUGUUCAGGCCAAAUGCGCCGAGGUCGGCCUGGCAGUCCAGUGAAGCCCCAGCGGCCGAGAUACCACAACGAUAGCUCCCCGUGGAUUUAAACACCAUAUCCGUCGCCGGUGGUUGAUGACCGUGGUGUGAGUGAGCCCGCUGCACCGUUACCGUCUCGCCGUGGCACCGCAUCACCAGCUGUCAGGUUAUCAAAGCUCUAAACCUCAGAGUAAACGCUUGGUAACCGUUACAUCUGGAUUUAAGAAAUACCGUUCAGACCUAAUCGAGCUUAGACCGGCUUGACAAGUCUGUAGGUCGGCCAAAAAGCCACGCUUCGCCCGUUGACAAGUUGUCAUCAUGGGCAACGCGCCCACGGCCAGGAAGGGCAGCGAGAUGGAAAGCGUCAAGGAGUUCCUUGCUAAAGCCAAAGAGGACUUUCUCAAGAAGUGGGAGAACCCUGCACAGAACACUGCUGGCCUGGAGCAGUUUGAGAGGUUGAAAACUCUGGGCACGGGCUCAUUUGGCCGUGUGAUGCUUGUGAAGCACAAAGAAACGGGACAGCAUUAUGCCAUGAAGAUCCUCAACAAGCAGAAGGUGGUGAAGCUCAAGCAAAUAGAGCACACUUUGAAUGAGAAGAGGAUUCUUCAAGCCGUCAGCUUUCCUUUUCUGGUGCGGUUAGAGUACUCGUUCAAGGACAACACUAACCUCUACAUGGUGAUGGAAUAUGUACCAGGUGGAGAGAUGUUCUCCCACCUACGGAGAAUUGGCAGAUUUAGUGAGCCUCACGCUCGGUUCUAUGCUGCUCAGAUUGUUCUAACCUUUGAGUAUCUGCAUGCUUUGGACCUGAUCUACAGAGACCUGAAACCUGAAAAUCUGCUCAUAGACCAACAGGGCUACAUACAGGUGACAGAUUUUGGGUUUGCCAAACGUGUAAAGGGCCGGACCUGGACACUGUGUGGCACCCCAGAAUAUCUGGCCCCAGAGAUUAUUCUCAGCAAGGGGUACAACAAGGCCGUAGACUGGUGGGCGCUGGGCGUACUCGUCUACGAGAUGGCAGCAGGGUACCCGCCUUUCUUUGCUGACCAGCCCAUUCAGAUCUAUGAAAAGAUCGUAUCAGGGAAGGUGCGUUUCCCAUCUCACUUCAGUUCAGACCUGAAGGACCUCCUAAGGAACCUAUUACAGGUGGAUCUAACAAAACGUUACGGCAACCUCAAGAACGGGGUCAACGACAUCAAGGGACAUAAAUGGUUUGCAACCACUGACUGGAUCGCCAUCUACCAGAAAAAGGUGGAAGCUCCCUUCGUCCCCAAGUUCAAAGGACCAGGCGACACCAGCAACUUUGACGACUACGAGGAGGAGGAGAUCCGCGUCUCUUUCACUGAGAAAUGUGCCAAGGAGUUUGCGGAGUUCUAGAGCUAGAGAGUGAGAGUGGAAGGAAGUAGGGAAAGUCAAAGGUAGGCUGGUCAAGUGGGAGAUGUAAGGAGAGAGUACUGUCUCCUGUCCAAUCACAAGCACCAGCUACAGCUACAAAAAAGGGGGGGGAAAUGGGAUAGAGAAGGGAAAAAGAGCAAGGACACUGACAACCAGCAGUGUUGCCUUUUCUGUUGCGUUUCUGUUGUAUUUUAUUUAUUAUUCUGUCUUAUUUAUGAAUCCCUUUACAAUGAAGGUGUGCUUCAGAUUCAUGAGUGUUGGGAACCCCACUUCUUUAGAGUCGCCGCUAGACAUUUUCACCCAAGAUCUGUCCUGCUCUUUUAAUGUUGCAUUCAUCAUUAAGUCACUUUUGGACCACGUCACAGAGAAAUCAGUGAGUCUUUUCUAAUCUCCUGCAGUCGGUUGGUCAUCACAUGAAGCCCAUUGAGUCAAACAAGUUGAGGUCUCAGUCUGCACAAAGCUUUCUUAAAUUUGAACUGAUAACUGGGUAACUUGCUCUUUCUUUGGUGAGCAAGAAGAGAAUCAAAGUGAACGUUUAAAUGAAUCCCACUCAUUUGCUCUUAAAUAACUCAUAUUUUGCAGUCCUUUUUUUCUUUUGAAUAUUUAAACCUUCAUCGUUUCAUAUCAUAGACAGCAUACGUCGAGUCACUGGCAUGUUUAGCCAAAAGAAAAAGAUAAAGAUGAUGCAUUGUGUGCUCAAACAAGUUUUGGUCAGUGACAAAUGGCACUUGUUACUUGUAACUAGAUAGUAGUAACAACAAUGAUAUCCUGUCAGGCUAACAAACAAGGAAAUUUGGAUAUGGGAACGUUAAUAUCUCAGUUUUAAUGGUGUUGUGAAGGAACACCAUAACAUAAUGGUAUCUCAGGUUUGAACAUAUCAUUUAAUAAGACAUUUUAUCAACAUAUAGCAUUGAGAUUAGCAGGUAAGAAUACUUACUUAUGAUAUAGAUUUGGGAAUUCAAAGUUCCGGUUAGCACUAAGAGGAACAUGCGGGAAUACUAAGACUUUUGGUUAGCGUAUUCCACAGUUUCUACUUCCAGAAGAUUUGAUUUUGCAAACUCAACAACUCUGUUUGGGAUUAAAAGCAGUCACUGUCUCUGCUCAGAGCUCACUUACUAGUCAAGUUGAUGUGGCAUUUUGAACCAACCAUUUGGCCUUUCCAACUCCAACUAAGGGAGACUAACUGAGGCAGACUGCUUCUGGCUGGGGGUCAAUGGAGCACUUUGAUCUGUCAUUGAAGGCAGUCUGCAUAGUGUGCUUUAUGGUCUUUUAUAGAGACCUGUGUUUAUGUAUCUCCCUAGCACCCAGUUCUAUUCUGAUCACUUUCAAAGUUGGACCACACUCCAUGUGACAGUCUUACAUGUGACAGCAAACUCGUAUUUUAAUCUCUGUGUUUACAUGCACAGUUUAAUUUAAAUUUUAUUGUGGCGGUGAUGAUGAUGUAAAGAUGCCUGCUAAUCCAUUGAAUAAGUUUAAGGUAGUGCACCUGGAGUUGAUUAGAACUAGUACUAAGAAGAGACAAAAAUUAUCUUAGUGCACAGUGCACAACACAUAGCUUUUCAGGUGUUCAAUGCCUCUUUAUAGCGCCUGAGCUAUGAUGACAAAGGACUCAAGCAGUGCCCAAAAUGGUGGUCAUUGUAGGAUUUGGUCAUUCAGAAUUUAUCAAACAAGACAAAGUGACACGGGUGUCUGUUUCAAACAUUCAAAUGCCUUUUUCAUAGCUGUUUAAUGUGCCACCAUACUGAAGAUAUUCUAUUUUGGUUCAAACAGGUGCUCUGUUUUUCUGCAAUUGCUUUAAAAUCCAGAUAUUUUUGAUUCACACAAGUCCUUCCUGUCCAAAACAGUUUAGAUAUAGAGAAAUAUAGUACAACAUGUGCAGUAUAACUGUGCUGUAAUAUUACAUGGCCCCAGGUUUACUGUUUGGUAAUUUGAUUUAAAGACAAAUUAGCUUCUGAAUAUGCACCAUGUCAGCACAGCAUUAGAAGAAUUAAAGAAGGUCUUAAAGGGACCCUCAUUCAGUUCCAUGAAACUUGCAAGAGACAUGCAGCAGAGGCCUAGAUAUCCAAACUGUUAUGCCAUGUUCACGUCAUAUGGGAUGGACGGUAGCAAUGGGAAAGAUUACCAUGUCCACUUGCGAGCGUUUACACCAUCUGACAACUUUUCACAGGCUGAGGAGUAGGUCACGUUACUAGUUAACUGACUUUGCAUGUAUAAUCAAUGCUGUCAGGGACCCCUCUGAUGGGGACUCAAGAUGAGCUAAAGAAACAGGAUUCAUCUAAAGUCCCUUCAUGGUGUCAGCUGAUAUUGUGCUUUAGCAAUGUGUAUAUUCCCAAACAAAGUUAAUUUUACAUAAACAAACUUCCUCAGUGACCCUGGGGCUUUUGGGGAUCUGGGAAUCAGGCAAUGAGUUGCCCUCUUUGACUGGUUGGUAAUACAGCCUCGCCAAAGUCCAGUAAAAAGGUUUUUGACUGGUUUUCUAUCAAAGAACUGAGUCACAUACAAGGCAACCGACCUGUGACCAGAAAGGUCCAUCCUCUCCCCUGUCAACCCCUACUUUUCACAUUGAUUUUUCUCAUUUAGAGAGGUGAAACAGUUGAAAGACAUUUCUUUGAUCAAUCUGAAGUCCAAAUCAUAUUGGCUGAUAGACGGCCCUGAGCUGCAAAGUGGAUACUUACCUACUUGUAGUUGGUGAUUAUGGACUUAUUUACCAACCUUUUUUUGUUAUUAUUAUUAUUAUUAUUAUGACAUUGUUGUAAACCACUUGUUGAGACUUCACAUUUGCUGUAUUUCCUCCAUGUCAAGUUUAAUGUUGACUAUAUCAUCAUGGACAAAAAGUUUGAAGUUAUGAUACAAUAUUAGUCUGUGUCUCCUCGAUGUUUUUUGCAGUAAUACAACUUCCUCUUAAUGCAGGCACAAUGCUGGUACAUACUGUCGCACUUUUUAGGGAAAUGAGACCCCAAUGUAAACCAUGUUAACACCCGCCACACACACAUACACACUGACACACUGCAAAAGAAAGCGUCUAAGUCACGGGAAUAGUGACAUAAAAACACGAAGUGUAAUAUUUUGCAACAUGAGUAUCAUUCCAAUAAAGUUUUACUUGUAAAA